AUGGCCUCUCGCUGGGCCAUGUGGCUGCUGCUCUUAGCAGCAUGGAGCAUGGGCUAUGGUGAGGCCUUCAGGUGCUAUACCUGUGAGCAGCCCACGGCCAUCAACUCAUGCAAGAAUAUUGCUCAGUGCAAACUGGAAGACACAGCCUGUAAGACCAUACUGGAGACAGUGGAAGCCGAGUUCCCCUUCAACCACAGUCCUAUGGUGACCCGCUCCUGCUCCAGCUCCUGCGUGGCCACCGACCCUGACGGCAUCGGGGUUGCCCAUCCUGUCUUCUGCUGCUUCCGUGAUCUCUGCAACUCAGGCUUUCCCGGCUUGGUGACCGGCCUCUAG